GGGCAUUUCACAGCAUGUACCGAGUGAAUCGACGAUGCAUUGGCGGCUUUGACGAGCGCAAUGCCGGCGGAAAGGAGCAGACAGCGAUGGAGCUCAAGCGUUUCCAAGCGGUCAUUGCCAAGACGACGUACCACCCGACGACGACGUCGCACAUUGUGUCGCCGCGUCAACCCCCCAAGGAGAUUUCACCCUACGUGCCGCCGCCACCACGGUUCCCGCCGGCCUUCGACCAGGACAGCGUCAUUGAUGUACGCUGGAAGACGAGUCCGUACCGAGAGCGCAAGCAGUUCCGGGACCACGCCCAACGCCUCGCGUAUAUGAACCAGCACAUUGAAGAGUACAAAGCCAAGACCACGGCACGACUCAUUGCGGGCAGUCCGCGCACCGACUUUCCCGCCAUGCACCCCGAGACCCGUAAACACAACGUGGUCUCUCCCCGGCCACCGCAAGCCAAAGCCAAGCGCAAUCGGCUGCUGUCCCCAUCCCCCAACCCACGCAAAGCAUGUGCAGCCCCAAAGCGCCCACUGUCGUCGGAUGGGGCGGCGCACCGCAGUCGGCUACUGGCGUUUGUCGCCAAGGCCCGUGUUGAACUCGAGGCUAAUGCCCCAGCGCUGCCACCAGGGUGGGACUCGGCGAUUGACGCCAAGGGCCGUUGCUUCUACAUCGACCACGUCAAUGAGCGCACGACGUGGGACCCGCCCGCACUCGACCACGAGUCGGCGCGUUGUUCGGAAGACACUGCGCUCUAG